AUGUUUUCUCUGGUGAUCCCAGUGCUUGGUUUGAACCCAGAUAUGCUUCUGGGUGGGAAGAAGGUGGCCACAUCAAAAAGUGGGGGGCUAAUUGUACUGUUCUUGAUAUCACAAUCUCCUCGAGAUACUGAAGCCCAGCUGUUUAGGAACGUGAUGACUGAGAAGGCAUCGACAAUUUUGUGA